GUUCUCAGGCUACCUGCAAUCCAGUCGAUCGCCUUCCAGCAACAAGCUUUGCUCUGUCGCCUCUCCAGGUGCAGAUGUUCACUGGCUUUGACUCGCCCUCGAAGGCACUCGUCCAAGGCUCUUUCGCUGGUUACAUCAAUGUGGGUCCUGUGGCAAACCAGUCCUAUGUCGCCAACACAUUCUUCUGGUAUUUUCCGACUCGAGCAAGCCCCAGCAAUCCAAGAAACGUGAUCUUUUACUUUCAAGGCGGGCCCGGAUGCUCCAGCUUGGUGUCGCUGUUCCAAGAAGUAGGGCCGCUUCACUACUACCCAACCAACGGGAGCGUCUUUGUCAACCCGCAAAGCUGGGAUCUACAAGCAGAUAUCGUCUUUGUGGACUCGCCUGUUGGAACAGGCUUCAGCUACACCAACUCGGGCGGGCCAGCAACCGACGAACGGCAAAUCGGCGAGAUGCUCUACUCCUUUAUUCGGCGGUUCCUGGUGACUUUCAGUGGCUUGGAAGGCGCCAAUGUGAUUCUUGCGGGUGAGAGCUAUGCAGGCAUUACUCUUCCAUAUCUAGCGCAAACAAUCCAACUGCGCAACGACAUUGCAUCGUAUACGAGCAAUGGUGUGAUCAAUCUCAAAGCCCUCCUGCUGAUGUCGCCAUGGAUCCAGCCCAAGAACCAGUACCCGGGCUACUUCCGAUACAUCAUGAGCAACUGGGCAACGCAGCUGAACAACAACCAGACAGCUUUGACAGCGCUCCAGGGCAUCAACUCAGCGUGCCAGGCUCAAAUCUCGGCACUGGGGCCAGUUACCUACAUUGCCAUCUGCGAGUCGCUUCUGGAUUACAUGCGACUCUUUAUCAGUGACCUGACCAAUGGAACACAAUGCUUCAAUGAAUACAACGUUCGGUCAGGCACCCAAGAUAUAUGUCCGACGUCGUUCACAAACGGCGAUGUUGUCUUGAUCGGCUUUCUAAAUAGCCUCAUCUUCCGCCUGACAACCCACAAUUUUAUCCUGGGAGCUCCGCGCACCUACAUUGCCUGCUCAAACCUCGUCCAACAAGCUCUGGAGCCUGAUGGGAGCCCAGCCAGCGACACUGUCCUGACCCAGCUCCUCAAUGCGGGUCUGAAUGUUUACAUCACAAGUUCGCAGUUUGACAUCGUUUCAAGCUCGAUCGGCCUAGAUGCCAUGAUUGCAUCGCUGACCUGGCAGGGCAAGACGGGAUUUACGUCUAGCAACCAAACAUGGACCAACUCCGACGGCUCACAGCUCGGAUCUGUUACCUCGGACCGAGGGCUGACCCAUUUCAGGGUGCUGAAUGCGGGCCACAGCAUGCCGCAAGACAACCCCGCAGCAGCAUCAGCAGUCCUGAGGAAAGUGCUUUCAGACAUCAGCAUCGCAGCGGCAUUGAUCUGAUCGGCCAACGCAGCGGCUUGGGAAGGGGAAGAAGGACCAGAUGAGGCCCAGAGCAUUCUCGUCCACUCACAAAGAGGCACUAUCAGAACCCAAUACACACAUACGGAACUGUGGCGCUCCAGUUUCAUGAGAUGAUAUUUGUCCUUGCCCAUUUAAAC